AUGAUUAAACAACAGCAACCACAGACCAUUACAUACGCCAUAUAUGCAUAUAAUUCAAAGACGGCAGAACAAACGCAAAUGUUGAAAUAUGGAGAUUUGGAGAUAGUAUUGAAAAAUGACCAUUUCGAAUUCGUUUGCAAAGGUGGUGCAGUGAUAUCAAAUAUAAAAGAAAUUUUAUUUAUGAAUUCAAAAAUUAAAGGAAUAACGGAUGAUAUAACAUCAAUUCCACCAGAAGAACAAAGAUAUUACGCAUUAAAUGCAUUUCCUAAAGUUUUGAAGAUUGGAAGAUUUAAUUUAAAUGAGGAAUUCAUAAAAGGUUUCCUAAAUGACAUAAUGAAGAAAGCAGAUAAGGAAUAUGUUAACGAUGAGUUAGCAAAGAAAGCAGAUAAGGGACUUGUGGCUAGUGAAUUA